CAUCACUCAUUCCAAAUCCAUCUAUGCAAGAAACUUGCUCGAUGAACGAACAUCGCGAGCCUUCAACGCAUAGUCUUACGCAAUCAAGUGAUCAACGACGACCUUUUUGUCCUGCGCAUCGAGAGAGAGAUCUUCUUAAUCAAGAUCUAGAGAUGUUUUGGGCUCAUCAGAAUUCCUCAGGAUUACAUAAAAAGCCUGAUUUACCUCUGGCUACGGUUAAAAGAGUUAUGAAAUCUGAUCCUAAUGUCAAGAUGGUCAGCUGGAAGGGUCCUGUUCUUUUGGCUAAAGCUUCUGAAAUGUUCAUUCAAGAGGUAACCCUCCGUGCAUGGAGGCAAACUCAAUCGCGCUCUCGCACGACCAUUCGCAGUUGUGACAUACAUGCGGCCUUAAGAAGUUCAGUUAUUUAUAAUGAAUUGGUUAAUCUUUUAUCUGUUGAACAAUGCUUUGCCAAUCAUCCGGGUGUGCAGCCACAAGGUACAACACAUCAGCAAAUGCUCCCACCUGAAAAUGUGAAUGAGUCGAAUAUGAAAGUUCCAAUAGAUAUAGACCAGAUUCAGCAGCAAAGCCUUUUCAAUCUAAAAGCUGAUCAUUUUAUUGAGAUUGGAGAGUUUGAGCUCGACCCUAUGAUCCAGUGAAAAUUGUCUUGGUGGAAGCUGUUCUGGAAGAGAAACUUAGUUGAGAGGAAAAAGAAGAAAUCUGAAGAACAGUUCACCCAUAAGGCCAUAAACCAUGUUUUUUGAAUAUGAUGCUUGUGAGAAAAUUGUUGAAUGGGUAGUUUUAACCUUUGUAUGUAUAAUUUAACUUGUGGCCUAAAUGAAAGUUUUAUGCUCUGAACCAAAUAACUAAUUAUGAGAUCUAUCUGCAAGCUAGACUACAUAGGUUGCAUUGAACUGCUUGUGAUUUUUCAUGUAAAUGCAAUC